AAAAAAAUCGGAGAAAAUGCGAUCCCGGAGCGGCUCCGGGGUCCGUCUCGACCGCAUUCUGUUCAUGGUGGAGCAAACCAUUUGCAGUCAUCAAAACCCCAUAACAGCAUUAUUUGCCAAUCAGAAAGAUUUUCCAGGUCAUGCUUGGGUUCGAGAUAAUGUUUACAUCGCACAAGCAUUAUGGGCUCUUUAUCGAGCUUAUAUGAAAUGCGCCGAUUUUGACGAAGAUCUCACAAAAGCAAAGGAAUUAGGAUUCACAUGUGUGAAAAUGAUGCAGUCGAUAUUGGAAUGUUUAAUGCGACAAGCCGAGAAAGUCGAACUGUUCAAAAAAUAUCAGCGGCCUCUUGAUGCUCUACACUCAAAGUUUGCUGUCGGAACAAAGGGAACAGUUUGUGGUGAUGCUGAUUGGGGACAUCUUCAAAUGGAUGCAAUCUCACUUUAUCUUCUCACCCUCGCUCAAAUUACAGCUUCUGGUCUACAAGUAGUCCGAAACUUCGAUGAAGUUGCAUUUAUACAAAAUCUGGUUUAUUAUAUUGAAACCGGAUACCGAACUCCAGAUUAUGGUGUAUGGGAGCGUGGAGACAAAACAAAUCAAGGAAUUCGAGAAUUGAAUGCAUCAUCGAUCGGAAUGGUUAAAGCUGCAUUGCAAGCACUUAACGAUGUCGGUGAUCUUUUUGUUGAUGGUUCAAGAGGAUCAGUUGUUCACGUACUUCCCGAUGAAAUAGAACAAUGCUCCGCUGUUCUCUCUAGUAUGCUUCCAAGAGAAUCAUUUAGUAAAGAAACUGAUGCUGCACUUCUUGGAAUAAUCAGUUAUCCAGCAUUCUGUGUUGAAGAUCCAGAACUCGUUUCACAGACAAGGGAAACUAUCACUCAACGAUUGCUUGGAAAAUAUGGAUGUCGUAGAUUCAUGCGUGACGGGUAUAAAACUGUAUUAGAGGAUGCAUCCCGUCUCUACUAUAAUAAAUCAGAACUUCAACAGUUCGAAGACAUUGAAUGCGAAUGGCCAAUAUUCCUUUGCUAUCUAAUUCUCGAUGCAAUGUAUUCAAAAGACGAUGAUGCAGUAGAAGCAUACUGGAGACAGCUGGAAAGUGUACUUGUGCUCAGCGAUAAAGGAUUUCGACUUGUUCCAGAGCUAUACGUAGUGCUCAAAGAGCAUGUCUCUGCGGAAAAAGCACAUCCUGGCACUCAGGAUCGAGUUCCUGGAGGCGCAACGCCAUUUCUGUGGGCUCAAUCACUCUACGUUAUCAUCUGCUUAUUAUAUGAGGGAUUCCUACUUCCGGCUGAACUGGACCCAUUGAGCAGAAGAUUGUCUGUUUAUGAAAAAAGGCCACCAUGCGAAGUUCAAGUAACUGUGCUUGCCGAAUCACUAGAUGUUCAGAGAGAACUUCGAGCUCAUGAUAUUCAUGUCCAAUGUGUUGAUGAAAUUGAUCCGGUAUUCACAAUUCUUCCUGCUUCAGCACUUGGACAAUUGCUGGCGAAGAUCGGAGAAUCAAAAAAACUAAAUUUGUCAGGACGCCCUUUAGAUCGUCCGAUCGGACUGUUGAGUACUAGUAGACUCUAUCAAAUUGGAAAUAAAUUUGUGAUUUUCACUCCACAAUUUAUGGAUUCUCGUCGAUCACAUCUUAUGUAUGAUAUUCGUAUCCUGACAGAUGAAUGGAGCAGUGAACUUCAAUAUAUUUAUGCUUCAUGGAAUAGUGUCAGCAUCAGUGGAAGACCGCUUGUUGUUCUCGUGAUAACUCAAGGAAUGUUAUCAACGGAAGGACUAUCACACUUUUCAAACAUUCAUCUAAAUCGUCAUAUGAAAUCUACAGUAAUAGGAGCCAUCAAGAAAAUCAAUACAGGAUACUUGAGUGGCGCUAGAGUGGUUAUGAAGGAUUUGUCCGAUUUUUUCCGGACAACCGCUGUUAGUAAAAUGGAAUUCCGCGAUAAAAGUGCUGAAGACACAUUGAGAAGUGUUGCAGCCGAAAAGGUUCAGUUCACUCUACUUACUGAAGAUGCUACAGAAGCUAAAAAUGAAAAAAUAACUACACCACGAGGCCCAAGAACAUUGCGACGUGGAGAAUCAGUCAAAGAUCGGAGUGCUUACACGGCUGUUCAUAAAGCUUCGAUGAGACAUCGUUCGAUAGCUCUGGACAGUAACGACGCAGAUCUUAUGAAGCUUCGUCUUGCCUACAAAUCUCGUCCUAGAGAUUUACAGGAUAUGGAUUCAACUUAUCAAUCACCACCUCCCACCCAAACACCACUUGGAUUAGUCAAGGAACACAGUUCAGGAGAAUUGAGACAGCAAUUAUUGAAAACUACGAGACGAGGAGCUGAGAAUGAAACGACGCAUCGAGAUUUGACUGCGGAACAAAUGAAUGAAAUGAAAGCUGAUGAUUUGUUAGAUCUUGUGAAUGAAACUACAGUACUUGAAGAACAGAUUUCCAUUGUACAUUGUCUCUGGAUGAAAUUCGGUCCGGACUACGAUACGGAGCUUGGGUGUCAACACAUAACAGUGCGAAUGUUAAUGGAAGAAGUUCACACGAAAGCAUGUGAAGCACGAGAAUGGGCUCUUGUAAGACUGACGGCUGGUUUACUAAAGAAGCAACUGGAAGAGCUCAGCAAAGCUGUUACUCAUCUUUUGGUUAGACAAAAGCAAAUCACUGUGGGAAUCGCUUCGAAAAAAGAGGAAGUAAUAACAUGUCCUAAAACGAAUGAAGAAUUGGAGAAGAUCAUGAAUCGUGCAUAUGGAGACGAUGCAAACUCAUUCACACUCGCUCAAGAGAUCAUUGUAUACCUUGGGUCGUUGGUUCGCACGGAGCCAAAACUGUUUCUUGAAAUGUUCCGUCUCCGCAUCGGUCUCAUUAUCCAAGUCCUUGCCUCUGAAUUAUCACGUCUUCGAAAUAUUUCUGGAGCUGAAGCAGCUGAAACUUUACUUACAGUUUCACCAUUUGAACUAAAGUCAAUGAUAUUCUCGCUUCUCUCUGGUCGAUUAUUAGAAGAAUAUGCGGAGGAUGGAAUUCAUUACAGCGACACGAUCAGAGAGACACGAACUGGAAUCGGAUCCUUCCGACGACAAAUCGAGGAACGAAAGUCACUUCGGAAAUCUACUCGAAGUGUCGGAGGAUUGGAGAUACCAAAGGAGGAAGAUGAAGAUGAAGAAGCUGAUGAAGAUGAUUUCCAAUUUGGAAUUUGGCUCCGUCAUCGACGUAUUGAUGGUGCAUUGAAUAGAGUUCCAAAUGGAUUCUAUGCGAUACUCUGGGAUACUGUACAUAAAAUGCCACAUGGAGUGAAAAUCAAUGACACUGUUUUGCAUUGGGGAUUAACACAAGAAAUGACCCGAAAAGAAAUUAAAUUCGCAUUGGAAUCUGAAGAAGCUCUAAAUAGGAUUGCAGAGCCCGAAUAUCGAGAGCUUGUUGUAGAGACUUUGUGGUUAUUGGGAAGACUGGAAAAGUUGGUACUUCUUGAGCAACCAAAUAUUCCAAGAGAUCGACCAUUGGAUGUUGAUCACAUUUUGCACGUUGCGAAUCAAAUUUUUGUAGAUCAUAAUAAACACCUUGAAACAAUUGUAAUGGAAUGUUGUGCAUCAUCAAACCCAAAUAAUACGAGAUGCGAUGGAGCUCGCAAUAUCUGCAAGCAUUUCUAUGAUUCGGCUCCAGCUGGAGAGUAUGGCACCAGUCACUACAUUAUUCGUGCGUUGAUGCAACUGUAUUCUUGAUUUCUAUUAUAUGUACCUACUUCUUCCAUCAUCUGCAUAAUCUUCUCGUCCUUUGUUUUUUUUUAAUAUUUUCCUGUGAAUUUUGCUCAUAAGUUUAGGCGUUUUGGAAAAAAAUCUACAGUCUAGAAAUUUCGAGAUUUAUCAUCAAUUUUCGUGUAAAGUUCUAUUAUCAUUUGUUUUUCUCACAGCCAUCACCAAUGGUCUAGUCUUGCAUCUUGCCAUUUUUCUAAUUUGUAUUUUUUUAAAUGAUUUUCUUUUUAUAGCAUUUUUCCAUAAACACAUAAAGUCGU